GCUAGAUGUUCCAUUGAAAUUGACCGUUAUCUGUUGGGGUGUCUAUGGUUCCAAAUGCAACAAAGUCAAAAUAACAUGCACGAUAUGCGGGAGGGUCGUCAGAACCAUGAACAUCCAAUACCGGUGAACUUCCACACUUCAUUCCAGGUCCGUCUCGCAACGAUGAAGAUCUGGGAAGCUUACUCGUCAAAUUCUCUAGCAACUCAACAAGAUGCUGCAAGUUUUGUUUGAACGUGACUCGAUUGCAGCCCGAAAUAACGUUAUCGAGGAGCGACAGUAUGAGUUAUCCAUUGACAGGGGCACACAAUUCGCCCAACCUACAAUCCAUGAAUGGUCCAGCAUCGAAGCAGGUACGAAGACCGUCAUGAGGGUCAUAUUUGAACAACAAGGAACUUCUGGAGUCGACUACCAAUGUCAUUUUUGCGGCGUUGUAAAUCGCCUUGGUGUUGAGACUAUCAUGCAUUUGCUGGAACUAUUCCAACGUCAGGCUGGUUGCUCUAUUGAUUGUCAAAUAUGCAAACGACGAUUUCAUAUCUCCCUUGUACCUGCCAGUGCGGAGCGAAUCCCUCAGCGUGUACCACGCGGUUCGUUGCACGACUACCUCAGACGAAAUCACUUCAAUUUGUCUGAACGUCAAAAGUCCGACAUUCUAUUUGAGGUGGUGGAUGGUAUUGAAUAUCUGCAUAAGCAGGGCAUUGUGCAUGGUAAUCUAACGGGUGACACCAUAUUCUGUGAUGGCCCAGGCCAUGUACGUAUAGCAGAUAUUCAGAUAUUCAACGAGCCAGGAAAUGCGAGGUACAUCGCACCCGAGUCUAUUACACGUGAUUACCGAAUAGAGGCACCAAGACCAUCAAAAGCCGGAGACGUAUAUUCAUAUGGCUGCAUCGUGAUUCUGGUGUUGUCGGGAAAGUUGCCGUACUGGUGGAUUCCAGAAGAAGCUCAAGUCCUUGCGGAAAAAUUAAAGGGCACGGAGCCUUUUGGUCCGACUGUGGAGGUAGAAUCCUUGCGAAAUCUUGCUUAUCCAGUGCCUCACCAAAUUUUGACUCAAAGAUGGAUGAAGUGCAGCUGAACUUAGUGCAACAGUGCCUAUCUGAGGAGAAAUUCCGUCCCUCAAUCGAGAAGGUCCGCUACUUAAUCUUAGUCCAAGGUUUUGGGUGAGUUGUCUUUUGCUGU